AUGCUUUCGCACCGGCAGAUUUUGCGCGCUGCGCCUCGUCGAUUGGCCGCGCAGCAGCUCCGUGCGCCCACGCCCGCGGCCCAGCGUCGGCUGGCGAGCAGCAAUCUCGCCUCGUCGGCUGCUGCUGCUGGCGAGAACGCAUUCGUCGCCGAGCGUCGCCAUAUCAAGGAGCACGCCGCGUCGACCACCCAGCUGUGGCGCAAGAUCGCUAUCUACGGCGUCCCCAUCUGCCUCGUCCUCGGCGGCAUCAACGCCUACACGCUAUGGAACGAGCACUGGGAGCACUGGUCCCACAUGCCCCCGCUUGAGGAGCGUGUCGAGUAUCCCUACCAGAACAUCCGGACCAAGAAUUACACCUGGGGCGAUGGAGACAAGACUUUGUUCUGGAACCCGUCGGUCAACUACCACAACCACGACAAGACCAAGUAA